CUACAUUCCCACUGCAAUUUUCAAUAUUUUUCUGCAGAAUAAAAAAAAAACAUUUUUUCAAAAAAAAUAUAAUGGCGGCAGAAUCCGACUACAUUUUGCUUGAGUCGAUAAGACGACACUUACUAGGAGAAUCGGAGUCAUGGCUCAGUGAGUCGACGGCGAGUUCGGUGGUUCAAUCUGGUACGACGGCCAAACCGGUGUACGGAAGAAACCCUAGCUUCAGCAAGUUGUACCCUUGCUUCACUGACAGCUGGGGAGACUUGCCGUUGAAAGAAAACGACUCGGAGGACAUGUUAGUCUACGGUAUCCUCAACGACGCGUUUCACGGCGGGUGGGAACCGUCGUCUUCAUCCUCCGACGAAGACCAGAGCUCUAUUUUUCCGAAGGUUAAAACCGAGAACUUCACGGUGGUGGAUCAUGCUCCGGCGAAGAAGGCGAAGAAGGCGAGUCCGGAGAAGGGGAAGCAUUACAGAGGAGUGAGGCAGAGGCCGUGGGGGAAGUUCGCGGCGGAGAUAAGGGAUCCGGCGAAGAACGGAGCUAGGGUUUGGUUGGGGACGUUUGAGACGGCGGAAGACGCAGCGUUGGCUUACGACAGAGCUGCUUUUAGGAUGCGUGGUUCCCGCGCUCUUUUGAAUUUUCCGUUGAGGGUUAACUCAGGAGAACCCGACCCGGUUCGGGUUAAGUCAAAGAGAGGUUCUUCCUCUGAGAAUGAGAACGGAGCUUCGAAGCGGGGAAGAACGGUGGCUUCUGGCGGUCAAGGAACAGAUAUGGGGUUGAAGGUCAAGUGUGAGGUUGUUGAAGUGAGACGUGACGAUCAUUUAUUUGUUCUAUAGUUUUUGAAAUUUUCUUUGUUGGAUCAUUUUAUUUGUCCCCAAAAUGGUUGUGGAGAGACGCAGACUGGGGGAAAGGAAAGUGUUAAGAAAAUAAUAUUCAUUUAUUACUUUAAA